CAGAAUCAGUAAUCCAUUGCGCUUCUCUUCCUUCAGCUCAGUCGAUCCAGCUUAAGGGAUGAUGGGGAAAUCUUCACCAUUUGAGGACGAGAAUGGUCUGAAGAAAGGACCAUGGACGCCAGAAGAAGAUAAAAAGCUGAUUGAUUACAUUCAGGAACAUGGUCAUGGAAGUUGGAGAGCUCUUCCAAAGCUUGCUGGUUUGAAUAGAUGUGGAAAAAGUUGCAGGCUUCGAUGGACUAAUUAUCUCAGGCCUGAUAUAAAGAGAGGAAAAUUCUCUGAAGAAGAAGAGCAAAUUAUCAUCAACCUCCAUGCAGUCCUCGGAAACAAGUGGUCGGCAAUAGCACAGAAUCUGCCAGGGAGAACCGACAACGAAAUCAAGAACUUUUGGAACACUCACCUGAAGAAAAAGCUUCUGCAAAUGGGAAUCGACCCAGUAACUCACAGGCCAAGAACCGACCUCAAUCUCCUUUCAAACCUGCAACAAUUGCUUGCUGCUGCUAAUUUAAGCAAUCUGAUGAAUAAUGUUUAUUGGGACAAUGGUCUCAGGCCACUGCAGAAUAAUAAUACAGAUACUACACAGCUAGCCAAACUCCAGCUCCUGAACAAUAUGAUCCUGCAAUUUCUAAGUAGCAGCAGCAGCCCAUUUCCAAAUAUGGAAGCUGCAGCAACUAAUAUUCUCGGACCAAAUUCUGUUUACGAGUACCUUACAAUGAUCUCUCAGCUUGAAGGACUGCUCAGCAGCGGCGCCGGCCAGGCUCCUGCAGGUUAUAAUUCUCUUUCUCCGCAGGAUCUCAGUCGUUUCCUACCCAGUUUCCCAAAUGUAGAAACCCAGCAACCGCCAGUAUGUGAUGAGUAUCAUCCCAUGAAGGACUCUAAAGUUGGCUGCAACGGUAAUGGCCAACUGGGUUGUGAUUCUUAUGGUGUCUCCGCCUCAAACUCACCACUGCCACCUCUGGUUUCCGCCUCACCUGAUGAUCAUCAUCACUGCCCAACAAUGAAUCAAACAGAAAGCUGCAACAGGAUCAACCCAAACGAUACUUCUAACCCUUCUUCAACUUCAACCACGUUUGAAGCUUGGGGUGAUCUUAUGGAUGAUGAAGCAAGUGAUACUUACUGGAGAGAGAUAAUUGACCAAGCAUCUUCUCAGCCAUGGCCAUUGUCAUAAGAGUAGAAGAUUAAAUGCAGUUAUAGGAGUUAGAGACGUGUACAAUCCGUUGUUCUGAUCUUAUGAGAUUUUCUUUUCUUUUCUUUUCUUUUCUUUUCCUUUUCUUUUUCCUUCAGUGUGGAUUAAACAUCUUUUUUUUUUAUAUAUAAUUAAUGUACACACAUGAUCACAUGUAAAUGUGUGUAAAGAACAACACAAAAACAAUAUUAUUAUUCAUGUAAACUUUCGAAUUAUUUUCUUAAUUACACGAUAUUUAUUGUAUAA